AAUUUAGGUUGGUACAGAGUAAAAAAUGACUUGUAAAGAUUGAGGUUAUGUUUAAAUUCGAGACGCGUGGAAUAACCCGCAAGGUUUCAGUUUUAUUUCUAAUAUUACUACUUACUUUUAUCUCUUAAUGUUCUUUACCGGGCAAGUAGAGACUUAUAUAAUUAUAUUAGUAGUUAAUAAUUAAAUAUUUAGGAAUUAAUUAAAAUAAUUAUUCAAAUUUAUGUUGGCACAAAGAUAAAAAAAAAUUACACCAUCUAAAAAUUCUGAUAAAACAUAAAUCGUCUUUUCCUUGAAAUGAACCGGUUCAAACGAUUAUUUAAUAAUAAAAUUUCCACAAUUGGAAUGAUUCAUUUACGAGCCUUACCAGGUACUCCUAAAUACGACGGUUCGUUACAAAAAAUCAUUGAUACGGCUUUAAAAGAAACCGAAAUUUACCUCAAACACAACAUUGAUGGCCUCCUAAUUGAAAACAUGCAUGAUAUCCCUUAUGUACAAUCAAAACGAUUCAAACCUGAAACUGUGGCUGUAAUGACUAGAAUAACAACGGAAAUUAAAAAGAUUAUUGGUCAAAAUAUGCCUUGUGGAAUACAAGUUUUAGCGUGUGGUAAUAAAGAAGCAUUAGCGAUUGCUAAAGCGUGCCAUUUAAGCUUUGUACGUGUGGAAGGAUUCGUUUUUUCUCACGUAGCUGAUGAAGGUUUUACUGAUGCGUGUGCUGGGGACAUAUUAAGAUAUCGAAAGGAAAUUGAUGCAGAAAACGUGUUAAUUUUUAGUGAUAUUAAAAAGAAACACAGCUCACAUUCAAUAACUUCUGAUGUUUCAUUAAUUGAAACAGCGAAAGCAGCUGAAUUUUUCCUAUCAGACGGUGUAAUUUUAACUGGAACAUCAACAGGAGCCCCCGCCGAUAAAAUAGAGUUAGAUCACCUCAAAGAUAAUUUAAAAAUCCCCGUUUUAAUUGGUUCUGGAAUUACUGAUGCGAAUUUUCAUGAAUAUAAAAGAGCUGAUGGGGUAAUUGUUGGUUCAUAUUAUAAAAAGGAUGGAUUAUGGUUCAAUGAAAUUGAUGAGGAACGAUUAAAAAGGUUUUGUUUGAGUUUAUAAAGAUGUUUUAUAAGCAUAAAAAUGAUUAAAAGAAUUUUUUACGAAAA